AUGGACCAGCACAAGGAGCUGGAGGUGGAUGUGGAGGGAGAGCCGACGGAUCAGCGCAAGGAGGAGGAGGUGGCCGGCAAGCCUGAAGAAUCAGCGGGUCAGCGCAAGGAGGAGGAGGAGGAGCGGGAGGAGGGAGACAGUCUCAGAGAGCCAACGGAUCAGAGCAAGGAGGAAGAGAAGGAGGACAAGUCUGAAGAGCUGACGGAACAGCACAAGGCGGAGGCGGUGGCGGUUGCGGUGGUGGUGGCGGAGGUGGACAAGCCUGAAGAGCUCACCGACCAGCGCAAGGAGGAGGCGGGGGCGGUUGCGGUGGACAAGUCUGAAGAGCUCACCGACCAGCGCAAGGAGGAGGCAGGGGAGGAGAAGGACAAGGAGACGGAGAGGAGCUCCGGCGAGGAGUCGCCGUCGCUUUUCAUGCACCCGUGCUCGCUGCUGCUGCGGUACCUCGGCCGUGCCUACGCGUGGUGCAUGGGCCUGGCCGACUGGUUCGGCGGCGGCACAAGGCCGAGCGCCGCUCCUGCCGCAUCUCUUAACUCGUCACGGGAAGAAGCAGGCGAGGCGGCGGACAUCGGUACCAGGGAGAUCUCCAAGACCACCUCUGGCAGAGGGUUCUACAUGCGGGAGGUGAUCAUGCGCGUGAGGGCGGUGAGGAGGCCGCGGCCGCCCGGCAACCCGAGGGAAGGGCGCGGCGGCGGUGGAGGAAGCCACAACUAG